CUCUUCUAUGUUGCUCAGUACCCUGGUACAGGAUGAGUCUAUCAGACACGUGGGCUUUGACUCCAAUAGUGGAGAAUCAGCAAUUUUGAGUGAGAACAGGAGAAUUCUAAAAUAUGCUGGCAUGUGACCAAAUCCCAUAGUAGCAAUAUUGAGGACCGACAAUGGGAUAAAACUUUGGAGUAAAACGACAAAACUUUGCAGGGUGAGUGAAAAACUAUUUUCUAAUAUUCCCUGGUCGGAAGAAAAAGGACAUUGGUAUAUAGUAUUUCUUCAUCUCAUUUCUUUUGCACUGCCUAUGACAGUUAAAUCCUGCUUUUAUGAGCAAAAGGUUUGAACAGUAUCGACGUGGCCCCUAGCUGCAGAAAACAGCUGUUGCAUCUUGUCCCAGAAAUAGACUGGACUAUUCAGCAUGUUAUGGCACGAUAUUGAACCUCCUUAGCAACUGAUGAGGAUGUGCAAUGUCUGGAUGACCAACCGGUAUUUGACAAGUGUGUUUUUCACCUCGUUGGAGAGAUGAGCAGGGAUGAACAAAGUCAGCAAGAGAGAGCAGUGGGGGGACCAAAGAGCCGGCGAAGGAAGGCGUGAAGCAAAAGCUCAGAGAGGGAAUUAAAGCGUUACAGCGGGAAAGGCAAAGAGCCAUAGGGAGUCAGAAACUCUGCCAAGUGGAAGGAGGAAAGAAAAAAAAUCAGCAAUAUCAAACAAUUGGCCAAGCGCCCAUUUAAUGCUGGAGGAUUGUAUUCUGCCGACAAAGCCACGAGGGGACAACCAAUUGUCCAUGAAGCCACAGAGAAUAUCUUCCACCCACCCAAAUUUUCAUCUACUAGCUGGGCAAAGAGCAAAUCAUCAUGGAUGUCUUCCUUCCCAACAGUAGUUUGGCCAACACAACAUACAUCCAGUCUGCUCCACAUAGCCUUUGGGAAGUUAUCACCAUAGCAACAGUCUCUGCCAUCGUCAGCUUGAUCACGAUUGUUGGUAACGUUUUAGUCAUGGUAUCUUUUAAAGUGAACAGCCAACUUAAGACAGUAAACAACUAUUACCUGCUGAGUUUGGCUUUUGCUGACCUCAUUAUAGGAGUGCUCUCCAUGAACCUGUACACGACAUAUAUACUGGUGGGCUACUGGCCCUUAGGAAGCCUGGCAUGUGAUCUCUGGCUCGCUGUGGACUAUGUAGCCAGCAAUGCUUCAGUUAUGAAUUUACUGGUCAUCAGCUUUGACAGAUAUUUCUCCAUCACAAGGCCGCUGACUUACAGAGCAAAGAGAACUCCAAAGAGGGCCGCCCUCUUGAUAGGCCUUGCAUGGUUGGUAUCAUUUGUCCUGUGGGCACCACCAAUUUUGUGCUGGAAGUACAUUGUUGGGGAAGAAAAGGAAUCUGAGGAUCAAUGCCAGAUUCAGUUUUUAACAGAGCCAGUGAUCACAUUUGGGACAGCAAUUGCCGCUUUCUACAUCCCAGUCUCUGUCAUGACAAUUCUCUACUGUAGGAUAUACAAGGAGACACAGAGACGGACAAAGGAUCUGGCAGAGUUGCAAGGACUCGCAAGUGAUCGUGUCUCAGAGGGGGCUAAACCGCAGAAGAACAUUAUUCACUCUUGCUUCCAUUUCACCAAAGACAGAAGAGAAAGGAGUCAGGCCUCCUGGUCCUCCUCUAAUCAAAGUAAUGCUACAAAAACCACCAUUAGGUCAGAUGAAGUGUGGGUCAAAACUGACCAAAUCGCAUCCUUUAAUAGCUACUCCUCAUCUGACGAAGAGCAUCACAUUUCCAUUGAGACCCCGCAAGGAUCUUUGAGAAAUAAUGGUCAAAAUGAUAAGAAUGGGCAGGUGACGGAUUAUGCAGAAGAUCAGUAUUUUUCAAGCCCCUCAAAAGAGAGCAGUAAGAAGUGUAUUUCAUAUAAAUUCACACCUGGCUCUAAGGUUAAAAAGGGCAGUCCGACACCCACAUCACCUCGCCCUCCCGAAGCCGAGCAGAAAAACGCCUCACCUUCCUCCUCUACUACUUCCAAGCCAAUGGACCCAGGCCUAAAGAACCACCAGAUCACCAAGAGGAAGCGAAUGGUGCUGGUGAAAGAGAAGAAGGCGGCUCAGACCCUCAGCGCUAUUCUUCUUGCGUUCAUCCUCACAUGGACUCCGUACAACAUUAUGGUGCUGAUCUCCACAUUCUGCGCCACGUGCAUCCCGACGUCCUUGUGGCACCUGGGCUACUGGCUGUGCUACGUAAACAGCACAGUCAACCCCAUGUGCUAUGCCCUGUGCAACAAGACCUUCCAGAAGACCUUCCGCAUGCUUCUCCUGUGCCAGUGGAGGAGAAAGAGAGGCGAGGACAAGCUGUACUGGUGUGGACAGAAUGCCAACGUCAACAAUAAAAUGACUUGAUGGUUAGCUGCAGGAUUACGUCACCUGUUUACCUGGCAGGCGUUGAAGCCUAUCACAGUUGACUGCCUCGUGGUCUGGUUGCCAUACAGGGCAUUUGUAAAUGGGGCAUUUAGUGGGAAAUGAUCCCACACCCGCUGCAUUAAAGUCACUCAACAAUGUGAACGUGUGCACAACUGAUGCCCAUCAGCAGAGGCGCCGUCAAGCAGUUUUGAGCCCCAUUAAAAUAUUACUGGGCCCGUUCCAGUUACCAGUGUCAAAAGGGGUCUUUCUGGGCCCCCGUCGAUGUUGGGCUCUUAGAAUUCCAUUAUGUCCUCAGUUUCAAACCAUAUUAGACACUUCUGUGGUCACAUUGCUAUUCCCGAUAUACUGUAGUAUGUUGUGGUCAGCAUGAAGUGCUGCAUGUGAAUUUUUUGGGGGGUAAAAUAUAUGGUCAGAAAACUAAACUGCUCUAUAUGAAUUCUAUGUAACAAUCACGGUCAGAAAGAAAUUGGAACAAGUUUAUUUUUAUUUAUUGUGAGCUCUUAAAUUUGUUGUUUGUCACGGACUCGCAUUGCAAAGGCUUCAAAUUGACAUUGCUAGUCUAUUGUACAUAUUUGUGUAUGGAAUCACAGAAAUUGCAUGUCUUUAAAUGUGAAAUUCCUUGGGAAAAAAAUCUAUACAUUUAAAAGAUUCACACCCAACACAUGCACAAAAUAUAUAAAUGACAAAAUGUUGGCUUGAAAUGUGAAAAUGAAUCAUUUUAAGAGUCUUUAGGUUUAAUGAUGUGAUAAAGCUUGUAUCAGUACUUAUUUUCCUUUUUAUUUUUUUCCAAUCACAGUGGUUGCAGUGCAUUUUGUUCCAAGGGCUAACCUCUUGCUCUGCAUUACUUUCACAGUAGUAAUAUUACCUAAAGUAUGACAUUGUAAAGUUUUACUUGUUUUAAAAAGGUGUAUUAAAAUACAGAAAAAUAUACUUAAAGUCAGGUGUUUAGCUCUUGUCGAGACAACUACUAGUAAAAGAAAGUGCAGUACAGUACUUGUAACGCCUGGCUUGCAGUUUCUGUAUGAUUGAUGUCUGAUGCUGUAAGACAAAAAUGAUUGCACUGCUAUACCAUUUAACAAUGUAAAGUCAAAAUAUGUGCCUUCUGUUCUGCUCAAAGCUAAAAUUACCUUUUGUUAUCAAAUCUGUACUUGGACUAAUUGUCUGUGUAGUUCAGUUCGUGAAUUUGUGUAACAAUAUGAAGCGUGUAAUAGAAAUUGUCGCAAAGUUAUGAUUUUGUCGGCUUUAACACUGCCUCAGCUUUGAUAUAUAAAUCUAUUAGCCAGCCUACAUUUUACAAGUCCUGUUUUGUUUUUUUAACAAAAACAUUGUGAAAUGAGAAAGUUUCACACUGGCAAAAAAAAAAAAAAACAGCGAGUUGACUAUAGGUACACUUUGUUCAAGUUACUAAAUUAAUAGCUAUAAAAACAGAGAUCAGUGUGUGCAUAUUAUAUUGUACAACAGUGCAGAAACAUUACAGUAACUGUUAAGGAAAAGUAUAGUUAUUGUGUUUGAGGGGAAAAUGUUCUGAGAAACUUUAAAACACACACACACAAACUGCAAAACACUGUUUUCAUAUAGUGGUGUUAUUUAUUUAUCCAAGUUUUUAAAUAAGAUCUUAACAUCAGUCUCAACAUUUAUUCAAUUAACCUUCAUUCACAGUUAUAUUACUGGGGAAAAAAAUCUCUCAAUAUUUAUAGAAGUUGUAUUUCAGGUAGUGGAAUUAGCAGCAAAGCACACCAAAGGAUUAGCACAGAAAAGUCUGAUAAGGAUUACAAUCACAUGCUGGCAGAACAACUGCUUUUGAGAGAAAUUUCUGUUAGAACUUUAUGAACAAAACAUGAAUCUGUAGGUUCUAAAUAGUUUGAAGCUGUUCAGCAAGAGAACUGUACAAUAAGACCCAUGACAGGAGAAAAUAGGAGGUCACUUAAAAUUCUGCAUCCAUGACUUGACGUGCUUUUUCGGGCAAAUGAGGUAUGCGUACUACCUCCUCUUAACAGCUGGCCUGGUGCCCUUGCUGCUGCUACCUGCUUUGCUGGAUCCCUUGGACCCGGAGAAGAGCUUGGUCAUGAGCUCAGAGACAUCUGGGAGUUCAGGGUUGGGGUUGAGCAUGUUCAUAGAUUGCUCCAUUUCCUAUAAUGUAAAGUAAGAAAAGACAUUUACUUCCUGAACUAAGUGAGUAUAACAGCCAAAUGAGCCAGAUCUCAUGAAACCAGGCCGGUAAUUGAUUAGAUAAUGAAUUAAUCUGCUUUUAGAGUUAGCAAUUCACUUACGUUAUGGGGGACAAAUAGUUAAGUCUUGGUCGAGGUCUAUGCUCAGUUGGGGCUUGAACAGCUAAAAAUUUUUAUGGUCUACGAUAAUGUGAUUAAAGUCAAGGCAAAGUCAAAAUAAUUGCUUAUGUAAAUUACAGGAUUGCAACACAGAAGUACCAAACGUUUUUCUGAGCCACAUACAGGUUUCACGUUAAGAUACACUUAAUUGACUGGUAUUGAAAUAUAAACAAGUAAUUACAAACUAUUAUGAUGAUUGUAGUUAAAAUUAUUAGAAAAGGCACGUGACCAUUUUACCGGUUUUAUUUUUUGGUAAAAUAUUCCCACUCACUUGUAGCAUAGUACUAGGAUUCUUGCAGUAUUCUGUACGUUUUACAGCGAUGUGUUGGUGCGUGUUAUGAUAUGAAUAAAGUUCUCAUCACUCAAUUGUUGCCUGCUGGACAUUU